AUGUCGGUGGUUUCGCUGCUUGGUGUACGGGUGGUGAACAACCCGGCCCCCUUUACCGCCCCUUACGAGUUCGAGAUCACAUUCGAGUGUCUGGAACAACUACAAAAAGGUGUGAUAGAUAAACCCUCUGGUGAAAAAUACUUUGAUUUGUUUGAAUUUUGUUCUAAUCGGCUCAUUUCUAGAUCUGGAGUGGAAACUGACUUACGUCGGUUCUGCGACUUCGAACUUGAUUCGCUAUUAGUCGGCCCAAUCCCAGUUGGUGUCAACAAGUUUAUAUUUGAGGCCGAUCCUCCAGAUUUAAAGAGAAUACCUACAUCAGAGAUUCUAGGAGUCACGGUCAUCCUUCUUACAUGCAGCUACGAUGGUAGAGAGUUUGUUCGAGUUGGAUACUACGUCAAUAAUGAAUACGACUCAGAAGAAUUAAAUGCCGAGCCGCCGACCAAACCGAUUAUCGAGAGAGUUGUACGCAAUGUACUAGCGAAGAAGCCUCGAGUCACACGGUUUGCGAUCAAAUGGGAUUCUGAGGAUUCUGCGCCUGCAGAGUAUCCCCCAGACCAGCCAGAUGUAGAUGCACUUGAUGAUGACGGCACAGCUUAUGGCGCUGAGGAGGUAGAGCUUCAGGCCGCACUUGAGAAGGAACUGGAAGAGUUGGAUAGAGAAGAAGCGAACAAUGAUGGCAUGGAAAUUGAGGGUCCCGCUGCCGACGAGGGCAAUGCAGAUGAAGACGAUGAUGAAGCCGGAAGUGAAGAUUUGGAAGAAGAGAGUAGUGAGAGCGAGGACGAGGGCGACGGUGACGAAGACGUCGAAAUGGGCGAUGGAGAUCCCGCUGACAAUAAUCAGUCCGACCCCAAGGCCGCGGAAGCGCAGCAACAGUCCGAAGUCAUGGUCCAUUAA